AUGGAUGGUGCUGGAGAGAACGCGGGGAAUGACGGCGAAAACGGCGGAGCAGUGGAGGAUGAGGAGGAUAAGCAGUGGACCGACGUGGAUUUGAAGGAAGAAGGAGAUGCGAUCCAGCAUGAAGGAUCCGCCAGUGAAAUUCCGUUGAACGAUGAAAUUUCAGGGGAUGCUGAGGGGUUAGAGCUUCACACAGCAGGCGUGAAUGUCGCUGCAGCAGAGGCUGGAUCGGACGCUCCAGCAGCAGGACAAGGGCCGGAAGUGGAGGUUCAGCCUGUAAUGGAGCAAGACGAACAAGGCUGCAAGGCUGGAUCGUCCGGCGCGAGGAUUCACGGCAUGCAGACCAGAGCAAUGGCGUCGGCCUCGCACGCGGGAAAUAGCAACCCUUUGCCUCCUCUCAGUGGUUCUGCUGGUAAAAGGAGCCGCGAGGAAGAGGAAACGGACGAAAUGAUCACGGCCGUUUUCCCCCCGGUCGAGGAGACGUCUCCAGAGAGUGGUGGAUUUCCAAAGAAGAAGCUGUGGGAUCAGCUGAGGAGCAUGCGAAUCAGCACGCCCCGCUCGAUCCGCGCGAAAUCCAGGGUCUCGAAGGUCCACAGUGCGCGAAAGGCUGGUGCUUCUGGUGAUCAGAGUGAGGUGCCUGGCCGAGCUGAUGGUGUGAUGCGUGGCGCUGAUGAUACGCAUGAAGCUGCUGCUGAUGCGUGUGAUGGUCAAGGUGAUGCUGCUGCUGGCUCAGCUGCUGAAGCAGCUGAUGCGAGUGGAAAGCCAGCUGGCGCUGCUAAUGCCUCGGUUAUUGUCGCCGCUUUCAUCGUAGGUGCUGCUGAAGCCACUGCCGCAGCAUCUGAGGCGGUUACCUUCACUUCUGCCGCUCCCCGACCAGCUGAAGCUCCUUCUGCUGCUGCUCCUGCUGCUCCUGCGGCUGCUACCACCCGUCGUGCUACUGACCCGACAUCCACCCGUGCGUCGCUCCGACGAACCUCUGCCAGGCUCAAAGCAAGAGGAGGAGCCCCCCCUUCAGGAGCUGCUCGGCCGUCUCUCAUGGCAGCGACGGCAGCUUCCGCUGCCAGAAGUGCGGCCACCAGCGGAUCGAAGGCGAGGCCACGCGAGAAUAAGAGGCAGAAGGUCGACAGGACCCCACAGCAAUGGAAGGCACCUACCAGCAGUCGCCCUACAGGGCUUACAGUUCCGCAGCCGUUCAAUCUCAGAACGGACGUCAGAAUCCGCCCAGGAGACGCGAAGCUUAAAAACGAGGCACAGCCCUUCGUCUCCCUCGCCCAAAGCGUGCAAGCCUUUGCUCGCUCGAGCCGAUCUUCAGAUGCAGAGGCUGGUGCUGCGCAUGGGAGUCGCCCGGGGGUAUCAGCGGUUCCUGCAGCAGCAGAGCCUCAUCUCACGGUGCCCCAGCCAUUCGUCUUCAACACGGAGAAGAGGCGUGGGUCUCAGAAUGAGAAGACGAAGGAGGCGAAACCGUUUGUGUCCCUUGCUCAGAGCGUCAGCAUGUUCGGCAUCAGGGGCAACCGAUCAUCAGAGGUCGAGUCAGGUUCACACGAUGGCAGGUCCACACACGAGCUUGGCCUGACCAUUCCUGAACCGUUUGACUUCAAGACAAACAGGCGGCAGCGACCGAAAGACGAGCAGCUGAAGAAGGAAGCGAAGCCGUUUGUGUCACUCGCUCAGAGCGUCAGCAUGUUUGGCGCCAGGAGCGAUCACCGAUCGUCAGAGACAGAGCACAAAGCGCACGAGAGUGGGCCUUCCCACGGGGCUACUCUUACCGUACCUGAGCCGUUUGACUUCAAGACUGACAGGCGCCUGCGACCAAAGGACGAGCAGCUAAAGAAGGAAGCGAAGCCUUUUGUCUCGCUUGCUGAGAGUGUCAGCAUGUUUGGCGCCAGGAGUAGCCGGUCAUCUGAGACCGAGUCCCACGCACAUGAGGGCGGGCCUUCCAACGGGGCUACUCUAACCAUUCCUGAACCAUUCGAUCUGAAGACAGACAGGCGCCAGCGACCCAAGGACGAGCAGCUGAAGAAGGAAGCCAAGCCAUUUGUAUCCCUCGCCCAGGAGCUCAGCUCGUUCUCAGCACACAUGAGGCCGGAAGGCGAGGCUCCUACCGCCUCUGCUGCUGCUUCCAAUGCUCCCCGUGUGACCAAGCCUGUGACGCCGAAGCUGCUGACGGCCCAGAGGGAGCGGCCGAGGAGGUUCCGGGUGCUGCAGGAAGGGGAAGCUGCUGGCACUGGGGUGAUGACCCGGUCUGCUUCAAAGAGGGGCGCGACAGCUGCUGCCGCUGGUGGUGCUGGUGGUGGUGUGGCUGGUCCAAGGCUUCCCACGGUACCUUGCUCGCCCAUGCUGACCACCAAGCUGCGAGCACGAGCAGCAAAGGUGAAGAGCAGCGAGGAGAGGGAGCUGGAGGAGAUGGCGAACGCGGCUAAGCGCAUGCAUACCAGCAAGCACGGCAGCUCAGAGGUGCCAACCGUCACUCAUCCACGGGAGUUCCACCUGUUUACUGAGGAGCGUGGGCAAGCGAAGCAGCACAAGUUACAGCAGAAGCUGGCAGAAGAGGAGGAGGAGAGGCGCAGGGCAGCCAUUCCCUUGGCAGCACCCAUGCCAUUCACCACCCUCGCCCCAGAGUUCCUCCGCAAGCCGCCAACUAAGCCAGCCACCGAGCCAGAGGAGUUUGAGCUAGAGUCGGUGAGGCGGCACCAGAUGGCACAGCAGCGGCUGGAGGAGGAGGCGCAGAGGAAGGCGCAGGAGGAGGCUGCUCAGAAGGAGUUCCAUGCACAGCCCCUGCCUGACAUGACCAAGCGGCCUGAGUCCCCAAGGCGCAUUCGCGUGCUGACGGAGGUGAAGCCGUUCAACCUGAACGUGGACCGCCAGGCAGAGCACCAUACAUGCGCCAAGAAAGCGUUUGCUGAGAGGUGUCAGCGGGGUGAAGAGGAGUACGCCAAGAUGCAAGCACGAUGCAGGCAAAUCGCAGUGUCGCCGCUACCGCAGCACGUGGCUUCCGGAAGGCAGCACGGUCGCGAGUACGCGCCUCCGCCGGUCACCGUGAGGCACACGGGACAGCUAGCGCUCGCAGGAGCAGGCGCUGCCGCAGUGGAGGUGUUCGAAGCGACCGCUGGCGACGGGCAGGGUGUCGGUGCGACUGGUGCUGGCGACAGUGCUGGCGACGGUGCUGGCGACGAUGCUGGCGACGGUGCUGGAGACGGUGCUGGCGACGAUGCUGGCGACGGUGCUGGCGACGGCGACGGAGACGGCGACGGUGAGCACAAAACGGUCACUUCUAACGAGUCGCCGUUAGACGUCAUGGUAGCAGAAUCAGAUCCGGUAGCAGCCUGCUGA